GCAGCCGAAAUUGUAGCUGGCAUGAUUCGUGGUUCAAAAUAUUGGACAUUAGAAAUGCUUGAUGAACUCUGGAAGAAUCUCAUUCCGUUUCUCACAGAUGUUUGCAACAAUCUAAGUAGUGAUAAUUAUUCUUACUGGGCUUUCUGUUUCAAGUACAGCAUGGAAAAUCAAGAUCCUCGUCGAAUGCAUCGGCUAAUUGAUUUCCUUUGCUCAUUGAUUAAAAAUAAUCAAACAAUAGAAAGUGCAUCUAAUGAAAGAUUUCGAUGGCGUCUAGUGCAAGAAUUGAGAAAUUUUCAAUGGCGUAUUCCAUUAGUUUGGUGUGCUAUUAAUAAUUUUGCUAAAGAAUUGCUUGAUCAUCAGUUUGAAAUUGUACGAGAGAAUAUUGCCAAUAUAUUAUCAAUGUCACUAAGUUUCGACAUCAUAUUACCGAAUGGAAGAUCAACACGACAUCCUAAUAUCGAUCAAUUCAUCAAUACUAUAUGUGAACGACUACAUCAAGCCAUUGUAGCUUAUGAAAAGACACCAUUCGUUCCAGUGAAUGUAUCUAAUCAAGUUGUUGAGAUCGAUUUUGAAACUCGUAAAGCAUUAAAUUUAAUGGAAACAGUGAUUCAAUUACAUACAUACUUAUUCGAUUGGUGUCAACAACCUGUAAAAAUUGCAACGAUUCGUAUUUUUCCCUAUCUAUGUGAAAUUGAAAGUAUUGUGGCGAAACAUAAUUUCUCCGAAGAUAUAUUGACAAUCAGUCGAAUGCGUGUUGCUAUGACUUAUUUACAUGCAGAUUUGUUGAAAGCACUCAUUGAACAAGUGGAAAAGGUUUGCACAAGUACUAAAUGGCAGGCACGUCGAGCAGCUAUUGAGUUUGUUCAAAAUUUGAUCUUUUACAAUCUAUUCAAUGCUCGUCCAUAUGCUAAAUGCUUGAAUGAACUUUUACGUAGAUGCCUAUUCGAUGAAUACUUGGAAGUGCGAACAAUCGCAUCAAUGACUUUAUCAGGUUUCUAUCAAUGUGGCUACAUUGAAUUGACUCGUGAAGAUCUGAAAUACUUUAAUAUUAUGAGCAAGACUCAUUACUUUACGAAAAUCGAUGGCAAGAAAGUGACAUCAACUGAGAAUCUUGUCAAACGACAUGGUGGUGUUUUGGGUCUCUGUGCUAUUGUUCUUUCAAGUCCAUAUGAUAUUUCAAAAAAUGUACCAGAAGCAUUGAUACUUCUCUGUGAACAUUCACAGGAUCCUGAUCCAAUACAGAUGUCAAUAAAGAAAUGUUUGUCUGAAUUCCGUCACACACAUUACAAUUCAUGGCAUGAACAUCAGGAAAAGUUCACAACAGAUCAACUUGUGACUUUGGCCGAUGCAUUUAUUUCCCAUAAUUAUUAUGUUUAA